AAUUGUUUCCAUUUUUAGCAUGUCCCAAUGUAUAAUUAGGUCACAUAAUACAUCGGGAAUCAAACCCAGUAAAUCAGAGUCUGUUUACAGUUAAAAUCUUUCAGGCACGGAACAAUUCUCACUCCCUCUCGGCAGCAGCAGCAGCAAAAACCGCCAUGUCAACCAACACUCCGUCGCAGUUACCAGAUUCAGGUGCACAAACAAACCCAAACCCAGUAGUAUCGCCGUCGCUAGUCAAUUUUUAUAGAAUCACCAAAGUUCUUGACCGUUUGGCUAAUCAUUUUUUACCCGGCAAUCCAACUGACUCUUUCGAUUUUUUUAACCUAUGUCUCUCCCUCUCCAGAGGGAUUGAUUAUGCACUUGCCAAUGGUGAAAUUCCGCAGAAAGCGAAUGAACUACCUAUUUUGAUGAAACAGAUGUAUCAAAGAAAGACGGAUGAGCUAUCACUAGCAGCUGUGAUGGUUUUGAUGAUAUCUGUGAAGAAUGCUUGUACAAAUGGAUGGUUCCAAAAGGAAGAUGCAGAAGAACUUUUAACUAUUGCUGAAGAGAUAGGAAAGAUUUACUGCACCCUGGGAAAUGCAAUUGCCGAACCUAAUUCUUGCCAUCCUGCAGUGUUAACUAUAAUGGAAAGGUUCUAUCCCUAUAUGAAAUUGGGUCGGGUAAUUGUGUCAAUCGAAGCCAAGCCUGGAUAUGGAGCUUCUGCUGUUGACUUCCACAUCACAAAGAAUAAUGUUCAACCAGAUAAGAAAAUUUAUUUACUGGUGGCUCAAAUUGAUAACAUUGAGACAUCUGCAUGCCUCAUCAGCCCUCAGCAUGUGAAUUUUCUCUUGAAUGGAAAAGGAAUUGAUACAAGGACCAACUUUCGAAUGGAUCCUGGACCACAGAUGCCCACCAGUGUGACUAGUAUCCUUAAAUUUGGGACAAAUCUUCUUCAAGCUGUGGGUCAGUUUAAUGGUCAUUAUAUUAUACUUGUUGCCUAUAUGAGUGUUGCAUCGUUGCCUGCACAUCCAGUGCUUCCACCAGAUUAUGUUCAGCCUGCAGUUUCUGUUGAUUCAGAUUUAGAUAUUAUCGAGGGCGCAUCACGAAUCUCACUUAAAUGUCCAAUAAGCCGUACACGUAUCAAGACUCCUGUUAAAGGAAGUUCAUGCAAACAUUUUCAGUGCUUCGACUUUGACAACUUCAUUAAAAUAAACUCUAAGAGGCCAUCUUGGCGCUGCCCCCAUUGCAAUCAUCAUGUCUGCUACACAGAUAUUCGUCUUGACAGAAACAUGAUUGAGAUUCUGGAAAAAGUUGGUGAGAACAUUGUGGAAGUGAUUUUUGAAGCUGAUAGAUCGUGGAAGGCAGGAUCGGAAAAUGAUGACAUGGAUAAGAUACAGAAUAUGGCCCACGAUUGUGAAAUGGAACAGACUGAACAACAAGAAUCUACUUGCUCCCCUGAUGCCGUUUCCAAUAUUGUGGACCUCACCAACAAUGAUAAUGAUUUGGACAUAAUGGGCACUUGUGAAACUGCAGAUAGAAAGCCUUUUCAGGCUUCUGUUCCUACUGGCGAUCAAAUAGAAGACAACUUUUGGGAUGGACUUUAUAUUGCCAACAAUGGAUCUUCCCCUACAGCUGGUGUCGACCUUCCUGUUCUGGCUGAGGCCGUUUCUCCUGUAUUUAAUCAAGAAGCUGAGGGUCAUCACAAUAUUCUUUCCAUGAAUUCUGUCAUGCAUAACCAGUUAUCAGCACAGAGUAAUUUAUCGCUGAUGAAUUAUACAAAUUCACUUGUAAACGAGUAUGGAAGGUCAUCCUCGACAUCAAGGCAUAUUCACAGGACUCCUUCAGCUAUUCAGGCCCUUCCAGUCCAAUCUCAGACAUUAGGAGCACAGCAAAAUUCAGUAACUAAUUUGGAUUCCUUGAUAACCAGCAGUCCGUCUGCUACUCCUCAUGUUUCUUUGCCCAACCCUGCCUCUGCAGAUCCUUACAAUGCCAUACUGAGUGAUGCAGAAAGACAGCAACUUUUUUCUCAACCCUCAUUGAACAUGCCUCCAGUCUCUACAGCAACACAGAACCGAGUGCCAACAGUUAAUAUGUCAGCCCCAACUAACCGAGUGCCACCAGUUAAUACGUCAGCUGCAACUCGCAACCGAGAACCAAGUCAACCACAAAACCGAUCAUACAGAACAAGUAUUCUGAACCAAUACACAAAUUCACACCUGCAGCGAACUCUGAAUCCCCAGGCACGCCAGCCAAUGCAACCAUCAAAUGCUCAACGGUCUCACAUCCAGCAAGGGGGUUCACAAGCUCAUGCAGCUGCAGCAAAUAGCCAACAAGCCAGGGUUAUGGCUUCAUCACAUGUUGCCAGACAAGGAGAGCAAAGAGGACCACCUUUGCAGUCAGUUUCUAGGACUGACGAAUUGUUCAAUUCACAACCAGAUCAAAAUUGGCGUCCCACUUCGCGAAUGCGUGGAAGUCUUUCAGGUCAGCAACUUACUGAUGAUGUUAGGCAGCGAUUAAUUAUGCCAUCAUCACAAGAAGUUCAAAGUCCAAGAUCACAAGGUCCACAACCAGGCCUAACAAAAUCUCAACUGGAUGCGCUAAUUGCUAACAGUAGAAAUGCUCAUAAUAAUCCUUCAAAACCGUAAUACUUUUGGAAGCUUUUACUUGCGCGUGAUUGGAAAUAUAGAUAUAGAUAUUACGUAUUAGAGAGCUUAACGUCAUUGUCUUAUUAUUUAUAUGCAUAGGUUGUAAAUAUGAUUGGCAAUAGAUGCUGCUAAAAAAAUUAAUUGGCUAUAGUCUAUAGAGGUGGAAAACACAAGAACAUGUAUUCAGGUAUGUUGAUUGUAACUUGACCUUACACGUUUGUUAACCACAGAAUUGAAAGGGAAAAGAUGUUUUAUGUGUAUCAA